CGCCGAAUCAGUCAUCCUAGAAUAGGAUAACGGAGGGAUUCCUCCUGUUAAUAGACGAUCUCUGUGUGGCUGUACAGCGCUCACGCCUGCUGGGGUAUCUGACUCCGUGAGGAUGGACGGUGUGUCGUUGGGACACUGUCUCUCAUGUCUUACCAAUCUGGUGGCCACGCCGGCCUCGCCGCGUGGAAACUGUGCCACGGACUCAGAGGAGGACACGGUGGAUGGAGGGAUGCACACCUUCAACCAGAGGCACAUGAAGAAGGCCUUCCAGCUGAUGAAUGACUUGCGGAGUAAAAAGAUACUGUGUGACGUCCAGCUGGUGGCGGGGAGCAUCGAAGUGCCAGCUCACAGGGUGGUCCUGGCAUCCUGUAGUCCCUACUUCUGUGCAAUGUUCACCGGUGACAUGAGCGAGAGCAAAGCCCAUCAGGUAGAGAUCAGAGAGGUGGAUGGACAGACUCUGAGAAAACUGGUCGACUACAUCUACACAGCUGAGAUAGAGGUCACAGAGGACAAUGUCCAGGUUCUGCUGCCAGCAGCCAGUCUCCUGCAGCUGAUGGAUGUUCGUCAGGUUUGUUGUGACUUCCUCCAGUCUCAGCUUCACCCCACCAACUGUCUGGGCAUCAGAGCCUUUGCUGACCUGCACACAUGCACACAGCUUCUCAACCAGGCCCACGCAUUUGCCGAGCAGCAUUUCACUGAGGUGGUGCAGGGAGAGGAGUUUCUGGGUCUCUCACUGCAGCAGGUGUGCAGCCUCAUCUCCAGUGACAAACUCACCGUUACCACAGAGGAGAAGGUGUUCGAGGCUAUGAUAGCUUGGAUCAAGCACGAUAAGCCAGCUCGCCUGGAGUACAUGCCCAAACUGAUGGAGCACGUCAGACUUCCACUCCUGUCAAGGGAUUACCUGGUACAGAUUGUUGAGGAAGAAGCGUUGAUAAAGAACAACAACACCUGUAAAGAUUUUCUCAUAGAAGCAAUGAAGUAUCACCUGCUGCCAGCUGACCAGCGGCACCUCAUCAAGACGGACAGGACGCGACCACGAACUCCCAUCAGCAUCCCAAAAGUGAUGAUUGUGGUGGGUGGUCAGGCCCCGAAGGCGAUCCGCAGCGUGGAGUGUUACGACUUCCAAGAAGAUCGAUGGUACCAAGUAGCCGACCUGCCUUCCAGACGCUGCCGAGCAGGUGUGGUUUCCAUGGCAGGUCAUGUGUAUGCAGUCGGGGGGUUCAACAGCUCGCUGCGGGAGCGAACGGUGGACGUGUACGAUGGACUGAGAGACCAGUGGAUUGCGGUGGCGAGCAUGCAGGAGAGACGCAGUACACUGGGAGCUGCUGUGUUGGGGGAUUUACUGUACGCUGUCGGGGGCUUUAACGGAAGUAUAGGUCUGUCAACAGUAGAAGCCUACAAUUACAAAACCAAUGAGUGGAUGUGUGUAGCCUCCAUGAACACGCGACGCAGCAGUGUGGGUGUUGGAGUGGUUGAUGGUAAGUUGUAUGCAGUAGGAGGAUAUGAUGGAGCGUCUCGCCAGUGUCUCAGCACGGUGGAAGAAUACGACCCUGUCACUGAUCAGUGGUGUUAUGUAGCUGACAUGAGCACACGGCGCAGUGGAGCAGGCGUGGGUGUGUUGGGCGGUCAGCUGUAUGCAGCAGGAGGACAUGACGGUCCUCUGGUGAGGAAGAGCGUUGAGGUGUACGACCCGCAGACCAACACCUGGAGACUGGUCUGUGACAUGAACAUGUGCCGGCGAAACGCAGGUGUGUGUGCUGUGAACGGGCUGCUGUACGUGAUCGGAGGAGACGAUGGGUCCUGUAACCUCUCGUCUGUAGAGUUUUACAACCCGACCGCAGACAAGUGGAGUCUCAUUCCCACAAACAUGAGCAACGGACGCAGCUACGCCGGAGUCGCAGUGAUCGACAAGCCGUUAUGACCGGGGGCCUCCCACGGCGUCGGGCCUGCGUCGGCAGAGACUCGCUCGCCUCGUGUCAGAAGCUCAGCAGGCAAACGUUGAAUUGACGCCUGAGACGAACUCCUGUCCAAAUGGAGGGGACGCCCUCAAGUCGUCAGCUGAGUGAACAGUUUAAGGAUGCAUCUUGAGCAGUUUUUUUUGGCACUAAACCACAGCCUGACUUUGUUGCUCUGUCCAAGUCAUUUCCCUUGGUGAGAUCCUGAGUUUGAAGCGCUCUGUUGCACUGGAUGAAAAACACUAACCACAAGAAAGUGGACUUUUAAGAACUCGGCCUGUUUUGAGCACAAAGAAAGGCGGCCGUAUCAGCUGACUGCGAUCACUCACUCACGCACUCAGAUGCUGCUGCUGGAAAGACUCGUGCUUUGGAAAUGGACUCAGGUGGACUGAGCAGAGCGGAGGACUUUUGAUGCCAAGUGGUGUGGCGUUCAUGUGAUCGGCCUAAACACACUCGGGAGGCUGAAUGCAGAGAUUUUACAUGACCAGCCGUGGGAGCCAUUUUUUAAAAAAUGGGAAACUAUUUGCACCACUUGAUGUUAAGAAACGAACCAGGUGGUGAGAUUCCAGUGCCAACCGUUGACAGGUCCAGAGAGGGUUUGUUUUUUAUCUUGUGUGUCAGAGGCCUGGAAUUAGCAAGAUUAAUUUGAGGAAUGUAGAAAAUGUCUUAUAUGCAAAUCAGCUAUCAUAUUUAAUAUUUUCGAAAUUGUUUUUAGAGAGGUUGAGAACCACUGCUGGGGUCCCAGAACCAGGCGGCUGGUCUGGUCCCACUCAGCAUGGCUUGUUCCUGUCGCCGACACACUACUGAUGCACUGAUCGUUUGCACUGACUGACGCAGACCGGCAGGCUGGCUGUCCGACUCUCUGAUUGGCCCGACCGGACGUCUUCCCAUCUUUCUGAUUGACCAGCUGGGAUCGUUGAGCUGCUAUCAGACUGACAGACGGCUGCGCGGCCGGUCUGUCUCCAUUACUGAGGAUUCAAUAAUUUCAUGGAAAAUUAAAAAAAAAAAACCAAAAAGCCAGCAGGGAUGAUCAGAAUAAUCCAGGAGUCACAUGGUGUUUGCAUCUCUUACGGAACAAACAGAGAAGAUGAGUUGUUUCUGUUCGUUCAGUAAGGGACUGUGUCAAAAUGCACUGUAGAAAUGCGGCUGUAAAAUCCUAACGUAAAACAUGCAGGUUUAAGAUUUUCUAUUUAUUGUUUAAGGGCCACUGAUCGCAUAGCAUUUGCUCAUAUCGAGGUGAGGUUCUCACUUCAUUUUUUUAAGCCUUGUGUCACGCUUGUGCUCGACUCACAUUUGUUCAGGUGACGGCGGGUACAUUUUGGGUGUAGUUAUUUAGACUGGUGCCAUAGCUUUGAAGAAAAGAGAUUAAUAGAAACUGGGACCAUACUGUUGUUUUUGUAUGUUUGGUCUGUGGAAGUCAAAUUUUGAAGUGACUUGACGUAUUCAGCGAUCACUUUGGAGUCUCUCCGCUGCUGCCUCGGCAGACAGCACUGAUGCUUCGUGUCGAAACACGUACUCAAAUUCUCAUAGCACAGCAGCACAUCCUGCUUUACAUUUUUUGACUGUUGUUGAUUUGUGUGCCAGUGGGAGUUCACACUAAUCAAAAACUUCCACUUGAGCUCAGUUUGUGUGUGUGUUUUGUGCGAGCUGCAACGUCAGAAGAUCAGAAAUCCCAAAGGAAAACAAAUUAGCACAGAGUGAUUUUUUUUUUUUCUUGUCCUAACUAACAACGGGUGUAGCGUUGGAUCAAAGGUGAAAUUGUGGUAUUUAAUAGCCAAUGUUGGUGCACACACCACAGACACUAGUUUUUCUUUUGAGUUUCUCUUUCUUUUGACGGUGCUUUACGGAGCAUAAAUUGCACAGUGAGAACUCAACACUUUAAAGUAGAAACAGACGACUUCUCCUGCUGCAGUUUCCAAACGCCAAGACAACCCGAUCACCAUCUAGUUUUAAUAGCAGCCGCCAACAACACAGGGCAAAAGUGUGAGUUUAUUUGCCCAUUUAAUCCGUAACGGUGACAUAAAAGCAGCAUAAAAGCCAGACUGGAUUAGCAGUCGGCCUUCAUUUCUCCCGAGAUAUUUCGUGCCUGGUGGCAGCUGAAAUAGCACAGGGAAAGUGAGGUUUAGAGGCUUUAAAAACAAAAACAAACUGUCUUUUGCCAGCGUAACAAAAUAACGGUGAGUAUGUAAAUGCGGUCGGCAGCAAAUGACGGGUGAUUUCAUGCACAGCCAAAUAGUGCUGCUUAAAGUGAAAAAAGGACUCUUUGAAGUUCAGGUGUGUUGGUGUUCAUGUUCUGAAUAAAAAUGGAAACCAGCGGCUUUGUACAUGGUGUUGCACACAGUAAUCAACAGUAAGUUCUAACUGUUUGAAAUUUGAUCCGGAUGUGCUAAAACAUGUAAAAGCAGCAGUAUGGAUGAGUUCAAAGUUCACUGUUGACCUUUCACCUCAGCUGGUCUGGUUUUAACCUGAUCGCAGGGCCCUCGACUUUCAUGAAUUAUCAUCUGCUGAUGUUCAGACUUCCGGCGAUUCUGAUCAUCUUCUCGAGACCUGAACGAAAACCCCACAAGAGCUACUGAACGGACACUGAAGUGAGACUUGUUUUCAGACAAAUACGGUUCUUACUAAGCACAGAUGUUAUAUUUUUAAUAUCCUAAACUGGAUGUUAAUAAUGUAUGUUUUAGAAGAUCGUGUUUUUUUUUUCUCCUGAAGCUUGGAGUUGUGCGCUGUACUCACAGGUGAUUUGUAACCCUUCAGACUUGAAAUAGUUAACACUAAUACUAAAGCAGGCUCACUUUGCAAAAGA